ACAAAAAUUCGGUAUUGAAAACACUAAUGUAGGGGCUGAGGGAACACCCGUGGUAGCGUGAGGCUUUGCUAGCUACCUAGGAACAGUUGCACGCACGCAAGGCUUAUGAAUCCUUGGUGGCUUUGCUUUUAGUGUAUGAAGUUAGUGGUUGUGCUGACGCAAACCGGAGCGGCGCGGGUCCCAAGGGAGAAGGGACCAUCAGUUGAGACAUCAAAUUAGAACCUUCCAACAUUAACAAGUCACGUCACACUCGUCACACUCAUAUCCAAUGGAAAUCCACAUAGAUAUUCCCGUAAUUCCUACCCACGCACUUGAAGAUCUCGAUGAUAAGUAUGAUUAAACUGCUUGUUCCCCCAAAUUUAACUCAACACCUAUUUAAAUACAUAAUCUUAUCGGGUUGUGUCAAUUCCGAACGUCGUGUACAUUUCUAUUAUUUUGGGGUUACUGCAUGAGCGAGCAUGGAACCCAAGGCAAGGUCUCAUACUGAAGCUGGCGGUGCUAAACAGUCGAGCCUUUAUCAGACCAUCAUGACCCCCGUCCACUUCAUCUCGUUCCUCCUAUCGCUGUACCUCGUCGACUGCCACUACCACGACAAGCGCAUCCAAGAGCAUUCCGAACGAUACAGUCGACUGCCGGCUUGGCUGCUGCCCUCGUGGCUGGACCGGCUGCUGUUCAGCCCGGACCCGUACGGAUGGGUCGACCGCAAGAAACAGAAUGCGGCACCGGAUAGCGCCAGGAAUGAGGAGCGAUGGUAUUAUCACACGAAGCAGAAAAAGCUCAUGAAGAUGGAGACCGCGGAUGCUUUUGAGAUGCAGCGCACCGUCCUGCUCGGACUGGGUGUCGUGGGGAUUUUUGCGGUUUGGGUGCUUUGGCGACUAAGCGCGGGAGUCCUGGCUUGCUUUGCUGGUUGAUUUGAUGUGACUAUGGUUUUUACGAGUAUAUGACGAGUAUAUGAGGAGAGGGGGGUUCGGCUUGGGGGUUUUGGAUGGCGAAGUUAUUAAACAGAGCUACGAGCAUUGAGAGCAUUGAGAGCAUUGAGAGCGAUGGUUACGGCGUAAUACGGAUCUAUCUACGAUUUAUGAACAUUUCCAUAUAUUGAUUAGUAGGAUACAGACUGUGGUUAGGUAUAUCUAAUAUCCGGACGGAUUUCAUGCAAUUAGAUGAUAUUUCAAGAGAAUGUGUCAAUAUUAGCGAAUACAACUUUCGUCUACUAUAAUGCAGUUUAAGAUAGCCCCUCACGUUUGACAUGUGAAAUCCCGCCGAAUCGAGCUCCAGCGUUGCAUGCGUCGGUUCGUCUCGCAGGGGUAGCCUACAUCUAAACAUGGAUUCACAGAUGCACGUCGUAGGUAUCUUGCAGCGAUCAGGAACGGGAAGAUGAUGUGCUGGAAGGAUAUUUCGGAAACUACCUACCUAAGCGUACAUAGGUACCUAGGUUAGGUUAAUAGCGUACCUAUAUACCUAGGUACCUACCUAGGUAUCCC